GCGGGAACGUUCGAGAAAAACGUUUCUCUCUGUCCCACUUUCGUACUCCACUAACUAAUGUCUGAGGGACUAGAAGCCGACUUCUCCAGUGAUGAGGUGUUUAACAGCCGGUUUCCCAUCCACCGCGCGUGUCGGGAUGGAGAUGUUGGAGCUUUGGUGUCACAGUUACAGCAGCUCUCAAACCAGGCUCAUCUGACUGUUGAGGACUCAUGCUACGGAUGGAGCCCUAUACACUGGGCUGCUCACUAUGGGCAGUUGGAGUGUGUGGUGCGCCUGGUGCAGCUGGGUUGCGAGGUGAACACAGUGACCAGCCGCUUCAACCAGACACCCACACACACUGCAGCGUUUGGAGGACAUCCUCACUGUGUGGUCUGGCUGACUCAGGCUGGAGCCGACGUCAACAUGCAGGAUUUUGUAGGCGAGGCUCCCAUCCACAAGGCGGCUCGUUCAGGUAGCUUGGAGUGUAUCCAGGUCCUGCUGAUAGCAGGUGCUAAGCCACAUUUAAGGAACGCCAGCGGGCAGACCGCUGCGGACCUGGCCCACGCUCACGGCUUCCUCGACUGCUUCGGCUUCAUCUCCAAAACCAAGAAGCACCUGCUGCAGCUCAGUGGACUCCAUGUGAACGGAGUGCAGAAUGGAAACAGCGCCCCGUGUGGCCAGGGCCUGCUCAGCAGAAAGAGGCUGCUGGCAGCGGUGGACACUGGUCACAUGAAGAAAGCCAGGGGAGCUGAGAAUGUUUUGGGACAGAUGCAGGGCGGUGGAGGUGAGGAGCUGGAGAGAAUGAACAUGGAGCUCAACUCAGCAGAAGAGGACACCAAAGCCCCCACCAAUGGCCAUUACCACACACUGCCUUAUGCUGACCAGGAUGGCAAUGAGCCACCCAAAAGCAUCGCCUCCCCGCCUUCCGCUCCAGCCAAUCAGCAGCCAGCAGUGCCCGCUCAGCAUUCUGACAUGUGUGGUUCGCUGCAUCUGGCCGGCAGUCCCAGCAGCUGUGUGUCCCACCGCCCGCCCCGGCGGGGGCUGUUAGGAGCAGACUGCGGGGACUUCCUGCAUUACGGACACUACCACGGCUUCGGAGACACGGCCGAGGAGCUGAGCGACAGCAGCUGCCUGGACUACAGCAGCAGCAUCCGGGCGGAGCACAGAUACAAGCAGGCUGUGGCCAACACCAUCCACCUCUACCACGACUCCUAAAGACAGAGGACUGCCUGUCACAGCCAGCCACCCGGGAACAGGGACGCACUGCUCUUUCAUAUGCCUUCUCUUAACUUGCAGAAAAGAACACUCUCACAUUUUGGGGACUAAUCCAUUUGCUGCCAAACCUGGAGUCACUAUUACAGACA